AUGACCCAGCCGUCGCCGUCACAGCGCAUCGAACGCUCGUCGUCGGUGCGCUUCGUGAAGCACGCGCCAAGUGGAACUGCCGCUGCGCCUUUGAGGAUCGCCAGCUCAGCGAUUUCUCGACAAGCUCUAUCAAUUCCACCCAUAACGGAUCAAUCUAUACCGAUUCGAACACCACUGAAGCAAAAGCUAUCGAAAUUCAUUCGCCCGCAGCUAGUACACUUAGCGGUCAUUUGCCUCCUCCUCCUCCUGACCCUGCCUUCCGCCACCCGAUGCACGGAACUGCGCGCCAAUUCAAACCCCUUCUUCCCCCGCCGCUCGUCCCUUGUGUGGGCCGCGCGUGCGCGGGGAGUAGAAGGAGGAGUGGGCGGAGACGAGGCGGAUGAUCUGGCGGAAGCAGAUGGCGCGGGGCUGUCGACAGCGUCGUUACCAUUCGCCGCUCCAACGGUAACACGCGCCGACGACGCCGCUACUGCGGUUGUACGCGACGCCGUUACUGUGGGGCAAGACUUGCACUCUUUUGCGGAAGCUAAUUCAGCGAGUUUUUCCUCCUCCUCCGCAUCCGCAUCCGCCUCCGCCUUCCCCUUUGCUUCAACUGCUGGGGAUUCCCUCUACCCAAUCACCCCACCCGCGCCUAUACCGCUCACGGAUAUUCUCGUCAACGCCACGCCCGCUUCCCCCUCCGUUCCCCCUCCCGCUCCUCCCGCCCCGCAAUCGGAUUCUGUACCGCCCGCUGCGGUGGGUUCCGCGCCCGCCUCCCCCCCGCCCCCUUUCACGUUUCCCGGUUGGCCGUUCCUCACGCCGCCUCCGCCUCCCGCCUCCGACAACGCCCUGUCCCCGCCCUCGCGCAGCCCCCCCGCGCCUCCGCUAACCACUUCCCCGCCCGCCAGUCCUCCGCCGGCUUCCCCCUCUGUUUCUCCCCCGGCUUUUUUCCCCAGUCCCGCGGGGAAGCCAGCUACCCCGCCUUCAGUUGCUCCUGCUGCGCCGUCUCUUCCGCCUGAAGUCACUCCCCCUUCGCUUGCACCCCCUUCGCUUGCACCCCCUUCGCUUGCACCCCCUUCGUUCGCGCCCCCUUCUCUUGCUUCUUCUUCCCCUCCCACAUCCAUCCCCCUUCCACUAUCGCCGCCAUUCUCCGCCUCCCCCGAUUCUCCCCCUCCCGCUCCCCCCCAGGCUUUCCCCCCAUCCCACUCUUUCCCACCUGCUUCAUCGUCAUCCUUCCACAUAGGCGACCUUUCCACGUCAGCAUCUGCCGUCGUCGUGUCAGCAAGUGCUGUCGCCGCCGCAGCCGCGCUAAUUUUCACCAUUUUCAUCCUAUGCGGGCGCUACUCUCUCAAAACCCCCCGCGACGGCGCGCAUUUCCCCGCAUGGGGGCGGCGCAAAACUCCUCCAGGCGCAGCAGAUGGCGCAGCAGGCGGAAACACCGCCAACGCUGGCAGCAGUGGCGGAGGCGACGGUGGCGAAGGUGGUAACACGGUGACGACUUCUCACCCACCCCGCGCGCGGGGAUGGUGGUCGCUGUGCAUCGUGUGCAGGACUCCCCAGACCACCCCCACUAACGACUCCCUUCCGCCGAGCCCCCGCGCGUGCGCGGAAGGAUGUGCGCGGAGUGAAGGCGGGGCGUGGGUGGCAAACUGCGCUGGUUCCGCGUAUGCUUCCCCCCACCGCGUGGAUAUCCCGGUUUCCCCCACCCAUGUGUACCCCGCGCGGUCACUGUGGUCUGAGUUUAACGACGCAGCAAACGGGGAGAAUGGCGGUAUUGGAAAGACUAAUAACGGGGAUAACAGCGGCAAGGGGAAAAUAUGUGCAGGGGGAAGUAGUACCUGGGGUGCCGCUAAAUGGGAUUUCGCGUCGCUCCCAUUCGUUGCUGCGAGCAGCACGAAGACGAGGGUUGCUGUAGCGCGUACGAGUGAUGUAAGAAACGUCGAGAUGGAGAGCGGCGAGGAGGUGCUGGGGAAUGCGAUGGGGAGAGGGGAGGAGAAAGCGGAGGGCGCGCGGAAGGGGGCGGGGGAGGGUGCGCAGUGGCCCCGUGACUUGGCGAUUCUCAGCUGGCUGCUCGGGGGAAAAGCCGCCGCCGCCGCUGCGAAGGGCGCGGAGGGGAAAAAGGCGGGGUGUGCGGGCGACAAAGCGGGCAAGCCGGACGAGGAAGCUGCGGUGUGCUGCAUCGCACGUAACGGCGAUGGGUUGAGCGAUGAUGGCGAGUGUGAGAGGGUUGGGGGAGAUGGCGGAGACGGUGAGUACGAGAGGGGUGGGGGAGAGGGCGGAGACGGUGAGCACGAGAGGGGAAUUGAGGAGGGGAGGCAGAGCGGAGAUGUGGCGGUGAGAAUGGACGGACAGGAGAGCUUGUGCUGCAACGGUGGUAACCAUAGUGGUAACCACGGUGGUGGUAGCGACGGCUGUGGUAAGCGAGGAUGCGGUGCUGGUGGUCGUGUUGGCGGUGCUGGGGGCGGGAUCACGAGUGUGCGGUCGAGCAAUGGGCGCAGCUACUCGCGGCGCACGCUGUCCGCAUUGCCACUCAUCUCCAUGCCCGUCUGCCACCUGCCGUCCCCCCCCACCACUCCCCGCUCCGCCGCUGCUGCCACCGCCGCCGCUGCUGCUGCUGAUGCUGCUGAUGCUGCUGCUGAUGCUGCUGCUGGUGCUGGUGGCGGUUGUGGUGCUGGUGCUGCUCCUUCGGCUGCUAGUCGCGCUGCUGCCGCUGCUUGUCCUGUCCCUGGUGGUGCUUCGGAUGCUGCUGCUGCUGGUCCUCUAUCGUGGAUGCUGCCGUUGAUGCUGCUGUGGGGGAAAGGGGAGGAAGGAGGGGAGGAGGGCGGCGUGAGAAGGCAUGGGGAAGCGGAGGUGAAGGCGCUGGGGGAGAGGAUUGAAGGAGAGAGGGAGUACGUUGCUGUUGCUAUUGAAUCAGAAGAGGAGGAGGAUGAAUCAGAGGACGAGGAAUCAGAGGGAGAAUCUUCAGAUGAGGAGACAGAGGAAGAGGAGGAAGCAGAAGAGGAGGGGGAGGAGGCGAAAGAGGAGGAGGUGCAAGGAGACGAGGGGGUGGGUGGGAGAAGAGCAAGCAGCAGCGUGCUUCAGGGCAGCAGUGUAAUCAGUGGUCCAAGUGCUUCUAGCAACGCGUUUGCUGGCACGUUCACAAGGGAUGGCAGCAUCAGUGGGGAUACCAGUAGCACCAGUGUUGCAUACCACUCGGGUGCUUGUAGCCGUGCUGCUGCUGCUGCUGGUGGUGGUGGUUCUAGUGCUGCCGCUGCCAGUGCUGCCAGUGGUGCUGUGAGUAUGGUUAGGCAGUGGAAGGAGGAGCUAGGGAGAGGCGAGAGUGUGAGGGGGCAGAGGGAGCGGAGGGGAGGAGAGGAGGGAGGAGGAGGGGAGCUGGUGCGUGUAAUGAGUCUGGCGGAAGUGCUGGCAGCAACUGAUGGGUUUGCGGAGGAGAGGGUGGUGUGUGAAGGGGAGUUCAGUGCGGUGUACAGGGGUGUGUGUCCAGUGACCGGGCAGCUGUGGGCUGUGAAACGGGCGAGGGUUGGAGGGCUGGGCCGGACAGGAGGGCCAACAGGGAUGGGAGGAGGAGCGGAGGGAGGAGGAGGGGAGGGAGGAGGGGAGGGAGCAGAAGGGAUGGCAGGAGCAGGGAGGGAAGCAGAGGAGGAGGCGAGGAGAGUGAGUGUGGAGAGCGUGCGGUUAGAGGAGGAGGUGAGGCGCGUGGCGUGGCUUCGUCAUAAGCACAUGGUGCAGCUGGUGGGGUGCUGCGAGGAGCAGGGCGAGAGAAUCCUCGUUUUUGAGUUCCUCGCUGGAAGCACACUGGCCUCGGUGCUGCAUACGACUACAAGCCCUGGCCAGAACAGCAACAGCUGCACCGGCAACAUCAGAAGCAGCCACCCUCCCUCGCCCUGUUCAUCCUCCCCUUGUGCCUCUGCAGCUGCCGAUUCUCACGGGUUAUCGCUGCAGCAGCGGUUGGACAUAGCAGUGGGUGUGGCCCAGGCGUUGCAGUACCUGCACACUGCUGCCAGCAAGCCGCUGGCGCAUGGCAGGGUGUCCUCUCACCAUGUCAUGCUCUGUGCUGCUGCUACUCCUGCUGCCGCUUUAACUGCUGACGCUGCUCCUCCUGCUGCUGCUGCUGCUGCUGCUGCUACUGCUGAUGGUGAUGAUGGUGAUUCUGGUAGUGGUGGUGGUGGUGAGUGCAGGGGAGCGGCCAAGAUCCUGCCUGCUAGGCUGCUGGACUCGCUGCUGCUGCCACAGGAGAUAAGGCAGAAGCAGCAGAUGCAGUACGAGAGCCGAGGAGCGCAAGGGCAGCUAGCAGCAGCAGCAGCAGCAGCAGCAACAGGUGGUGCUUGGGGUUCGCCAAUGAGUGGCAGCGGCGGCAGUGGUGGGUUCGGCAGUGGGUGGGGUGGAGGCAUUCCUCGGGAUGCGAGCCGCAUGUCGUCAUGUACCAGUGGCAGCACGUGCUGCUGCAGCGGCGACUGGGAGAGGAGUGGCGGCUGCUGUGGUGGGGAGUGUACUGGGGUGGUAGGAGGAGGAGGAGGGGGAGGAGGGGGAGGGAGUGGUGUGAUGAGGGCCGUGGGGGAUGAUGGACGGACGUGGGCGGAGGAGGGAGGAGACGGGGCAGUGGGAGGGGACGGGAGGGCAGGGGAGUGGGUAAGGCGAGGGAAGAUAGGGGGAGAAGGCGCAGUGAGGAGCGGUGGGGCUGGGUUGCACUGGAGGGACGUGUACGACCUAGGAGUGAUGCUGCUGGAACUGGUUUCAGGGCGGCCGCCGGUGGUAACUCGAGCCAACGACCUUGCACUAGCUGCUGCGGCUGCUUCUCCUGCUGCUUCUGCUGCUGCUGCUGCUGGUAGCACUGGUGGUUGUAGCGGUGGUGGUGCGUCUGCUGCAGCAGCUGGUGAGGCUGCACCAGCGGCUUCUGUCCCUGCGUUCUCCGCUCUCCCCAUUCGCCUGUGGGCGCUGCUGCUGCUGCAGGCACGGGAACCGCGGCUGCUGACAGACCCGCGCCUGAGGGUGUGGGGCGAUGAGGGCUCAGGGGUGCAGCAGGGGAAUUCGCCUACGGAGCUCACACAGGAAGUGGCGAAAGAGGUGCUAGCUGUAGAGGCGAAUGUGAGUGUGCGCCCUGUGGGCGGGCAGCAGCUGUUGAGGGAGUUGCUGGGGCGCCUAGCGAGGCUGGAUGGCAGUGUGGCGUACCCUGGUGCAGCGGGGGAAGGAGCAGCAGAGGAGAGCGUAGUGGGGAACGGGGAGCAGGGCAGCAGCCGUUUCGAUGAGAAGGUGGCUGUGUGUAGAACUGUGGCGCGGGUGGCAGCAGCGGAGGCGGCAGCAGUGGCCGCGGUGGUGCGCGUUGCAAUGCGGUGCACGGCGGACAAGGAGCGGGCACGGCCGUGCAUGAGCAAGGUGCUGGGGCGGCUGACGGCUAUACGGAAGCAGCUGCUGGAAGGGGUUGCUAGUGCUGCUGCUGGUGCUGAUGGGGUUGCUCGUGGUGGUGAUGUUGGUGGGAGUGGUGGUGCGGUUGGUGGUGGAAGUAGUGACUGUGGUAAGGGGAGUGGUAUUGGGAGGAAUGGAAGGGAUGGUGGUGGUGGUGGUGGUGGUGGUGGUGGUGCCGGUGGUGGUGGUAGUGGUGGUGGAGGUGGGGGGGUUGAAGGGGAGGAGGUGGGGGGUGGGGAGCAUGCGUGUGGUGGGAGUGCGUCGAGGUGGUAUGAGAGGCGGAGUCUGAGGGAGAGCAUGCAGCGGGGGCUCAGGAAGGCGUUCAGAGAGAAGGAGAAAGAUAGGAGGCGAGGGGGAGGGUGGGGGGGAGGGGGAGAGGGAGGUGGAGAGGGUGGUGCGGGCAUGGAGGUGGAGGGAAAGAGAGUGAGGAAGGUGAGACGGGCGGAGGCAGAGAAGAGGCGGGCAGCGAGAGGUCCGGGAGGCAGUGGGCGGAAAUGGCUGGCAGGUGUGCAGACGGAACUGCAGAGGGAGGUGAGACGAGAGAUGGAGCGGGAGAUGCAGAAGAAGCAGGGGUCUGGGGGCGGUGGUGGUAUUGGUGGUGGUGGUGGUGCAUUCAGCAGCAGCCCGUGGAAUUGGAGGACUGUGAAGAUGCGCCUGGCUGGUGUCCCUGUGGUAAUGUCCUCCUCUCCAAGUGCAUUCGCUGGGAUGACCUCCCCUGGUGGUGGUGGUGGUGGUGGUGGUGCUUCAAGUGGUGGGGGUGCUGCUGCUGCUGCGGCGGCUCCUUCUGUGCUGGAUUGGAGUCCUGGUUUGAGGCGGCUAAGGACCGCACCUUCCUGGAAGGGACGGGUAAUGGAAAGCAUUAGGGGCCGCGCACGGGCGGAGAGUGGGGGCGAGAGAGAGGGGGAGGAGGGCGAGAGUAGGGAGAAAGGAGAGGCAGGGGUAGCUGGGGACGAUGGGGGUGUUGAAAUGAGGCAGCACACACUGGAGCGUAGAGUGACGUGGCAUGCAAUGGAAGGGGGAGUAGAGCAGAGGGGUGUGCAUUUGGGUGUGCAUUCGGGUGUGGGUUCAGCAGCAGAGCAGCAAAUGCAUAGGUUUGGAACUGAGCACCUGUCCAGUCCUGGAUGGCAAAGGAGGGAGGAAGAGGAGGAGGAAGAGGAGGAGGAGGAGGAGGAGGAGGAGGAGGAGGAGGAGGAGGAGGAGGAGGAGGAGGAGGAGGAGGAGGAGGAGGAGGAGGAGGAGGAGGAGGAACAGGAGGAGGAACAGGAGGAGGAAGAGGAGGAGGAAGAGGAGGGAGAAGAGGAAGAAGAGGAGGAAGAAGAGGAGGAAGAGGAGGCUGGGGAGGAAAGUGGGCUAGUCUCAGGAUUCAGCCGGGAUAUGAGUAUGGCUACACGCUCUGCCACACUCACAGUGGACCAUCUGUUCUCUGGACAGGCUUAUAACGAGUACGAGGAUGCGGACACGGAUGACGAUGCGAUUGGCCCCCACCUGUGGCUGUCUCGCGAUAGCUCUGCGUGCAGCAAGGAAGAGCAGCAGGGCAGGGGGGAAAGGGAGGGCAGGGAGUGGAGGGAGGAGAGGGAAGGGAGGGAACGGAGGGACAGUAGUGGUGGGGGGCAGAGCAGGAUGAUGAGGGGAAACAGAGAGGUGGGUGGGUUGGGGAAUGGGAGGGUGGGAAUGGAAGGUGUGAGUUUGAUGCAUGGGGAAGCAGGGUGUGCGUGUGGUGAUGAGGAGAUGGGUGGUGCGCAGGGGGGGUAUCAGGGAACAGGGGUGCGAGGAGGGGGGCCAGGUGCAGAGGCAGGAGCAUCAGGUGCAGGUGCCGGUACUGGGGGUGGGGCCGGGGGUGGGGGUGGGGGUGACCUGUGGUCGUGGAUGAUUGGGGGUAGGGGUUGA